AUGGAUGGGAUGUACAAGUUUUGCUUUAGUAAUAGGAUAUCCACCAUGACUCCAAAGAUAAUGGAGAUAGAAGAUCAAAAGAACAAGCCAGAAGAAAUGAUUAAUGAGCUGGCAGUGGUGAUGACAGCUGUAAAGCAUGAACAGGAGGAGUACAUGGAAGUCCGGGAGGACAUAUACAGAACCAUCAACACCACCACACACAGCAGAGUGGUCUUUUGGUCCUUCUUCGAAGCUCUUGUUCUAGUUGCCAAAACAGUGGUACAGAUCUACUACCUGAAGAGAUUUUUUGGAGUCUAG